AUGACUCAAGUAGCUCAGAAUGUCAUGGUGACAGGCAGCAAUCGAGGAAUUGGAUUUGGCCUGGUGAAAGAGCUUGUGAAAAUGAACCCUCCUCCAGACCAUAUUAUUGCAACUUGUAGAAACCCUACUGGAUCUGAAGGAAAGGCUUUGCAGGAUUUGGCUACUAAAUGCCCCAACAUUCAUGUGGUUCAGUUAGAUGUGACAGACCAUUCCACUGUGAAGGCAGCUGUGUCAGUAGUGGAAUCCCAUCUGCAGGGUCAGGGGCUGAAUCUGCUAAUCAACAAUGCAGGCAGAAAUUCCCAAGCUGCAUUUCUGGAAGAUGUGGAUCAGCAAGAUAUGCUUUUGACAUAUAACACCAAUGCAGUGGGACCCCUCCUCAUUGUCAAAGAAUUUCUGCCUCUGCUGAAAAAGGCUGCCAAGGAGAUGACAACAAAAGACUCAGGAGGCAACAAAGCAGUGGUCAUCAACAUAUCUUCCAUAAUUGGCUCCAUUGGGGCGGGUUUUUCUGCCCUAAUGAUAUCAGUUCCCCCACUGUAUGCGUACCGUGCAAGCAAGGCAGCCCUGAACAUGAUCACUGCUGGCCUUGCAAUGGAACUGAAACAACAUGGAAUUUUAUGUGCUUUGCUCCAUCCUGGAUGGGUGAAAACAGCCAUGGGAUCAGAAGAGGCCCCUCUGACGGUGCAGACGAGUGCCGAGGGUAUGCUGAAGGUCAUUGCUAAUUUAAAGCCAUCAUCAUCUGGUGCCUUUCUGGACUGGGAGGGGAAUGAAGUGGCCUGGUAA